AUGGGUGGCAGCGUCAAAGCUCUCCAGCGCGCCGGUGAAGAGGUGCACAGGUUGAGGGGCGCACGACUGAGCCGCCCGACCGGGAGAACCCGGUACAUGAGAGCCGGCGGAGCAUGUCUGUGGGGGCGAGGCCACAAGAACUGGUGGGCGAGGCCAGUGCCCCAGAAGGGAAAGGAAACCCCAGGGGCCAUGCCCGGCCGUGCUCUCUGGGACUCCCGACCGGUGGUACCGCGUGACUGGGGGCCCCUUUCCGCGGUGGCAACCAUAACUUUUGCUGCACAGCACUCCGUGGCCUACUGCAACCACUCCCUGCAUGCUGCUCCUGCAUCGCCAGAAUCAGCCCAGCCCCCAUCAAACACAUCAGCGCCGCUGCUUCCUGUUGCCUUCACACUUCCAAAACUGUACCCCUCUCCUGGCAGGGGAUCAACGGCGGUGGUCGUUGCCAGCAUUGCAGCCGCAGCUGCCCUUGCGUUGGCCAUUGCGUUCAUAGCUCUCGUGUUGCUGGUGCGGAGCAGGCGGCUGCGGUCUCCCUGCAGCCAGGCAGCAGAAGGAGGAUUGCAGGGAGAACGGUCGGGCCGGAAACUGAAAAAGCUGCGUACUUUUGUGUCUCUGGAGUCGCAUCUCUUCCGGCAGAGCAGAUUGCGGCGCCUCGGACCGCUCGGAAGUGAAGAGGUUGAGAUCGGGCCAGUCAUUGGGCGCGGCAGCUUUGGGCGUCUAUAA